CAAUCUAAUCAACCUUUGAUCAGUGGAGUUUAGGUUUGCAGGAAGGAAGAGGCGAUAGGGAAACAGCUGAUCACAAGUCGGGAAAGAGAAACGCUGAGCACGAUUGCAAAUUGAGCAGCUGAUAAGGAAUGGAGACAUAUGCUUGAAGUUUUAAUAUUAAACCUAGCAUCUUCGAUACCGUCCUCUGGACAGAAAACUUACAGCGCACUGAUGCAGAAAAUGAAACUCGUAUGAUCAUUUGCUUUCAGUAAAGAUUCAGAAACACAUUGCGCCUUGCACAGCACAUUUACAUUAAGGCCGUUUACAUCUGAAGAUUUACCCUUUGAAAGACAUGCAGGUUUCUGAACAGCGCUAACGGUCAGGAAGAAGGAGAGGAAGAGGGAGGGACAUGGAGCCAGCUGCCGAGUCACAAGGGGAACCUGAAAGAACUCUGCAACAUGGAGAGAUCAAAGACCACCUUGCAACAUCAACUGCCUUAAUGACCAGUGAUGAAGCUCAGCCUGUGACUCCUGGAAAGAUGAGCCAACGCCAGGGGAAAGAAGGGCAUCCUAUCCAGACUAAAGAGCUGCUACAGCCCAGCGCACUGAGCCCGGGGGUCAGCUACAGCAUAGGUUUCGAUAGGGGAAAGGAUGACGUUUUACAGCUCAAAGAAGACUCUACCCUUUCCAUGUCUAAAAGCAAGUCUGAAUCAAAGCUCUACAAUGGGUCUGACAAGGAGGUUUCAUCCACAGAGAGCAAACUUACGAAGAAGGAGUCUCUUAAAGUACAGAAGAAGAAUUACAGAGAAGAAAAGAAGAGGGCGACUAAGGAGUUACUCAGCACCAUCACAGACCCCUCGGUGAUUGUCAUGGCAGACUGGCUGAAGAUCCGGGGCACGCUGAAGAGCUGGACGAAGCUGUGGUGUGUGCUGAAGCCGGGUGUGCUGCUAAUCUACAAGACUUUGAAGAACGGACAGUGGGUCGGCACGGUGCUGCUCAAUGCCUGCGAGCUCAUUGAGCGCCCCUCCAAGAAGGACGGCUUCUGCUUCAAGCUGUUCCACCCACUGGAACAGUCCAUCUGGGCCGUCAAGGGUCCGAAAGGGGAAGCGGUAGGAUCCAUCACUCAGCCUUUACCCAGCAGUUACCUGAUCUUCCGGGCUGCUUCCGAGUCAGAUGGCAGGUGCUGGCUGGAUGCUCUGGAGCUGGCACUGAAAUGCUCAAGCCUCCUUAAGCGCACCAUGAUCAGGGAAGGCAAGGAGCUAGAACUGGGAUCCUCAGGAGAGCACUCCCAGGUCAACUUCUACAGCCUGCUGCGAGCCAGCAACCUGCAAGGACCCGACAACUUCUCCUUCAAUGACAAUGAAAUUGAGACGCAGCACUUCAGGGACCACGACCUUUACUCAGACAAGUCGGACCGGGAGAACGAGCAGGACCAUGAGGAGUCGGACAAUGACGGGCUGGAGAAGAGCGAGGAGAGCGACACAGACACCUCGGAGCGGCAGGAUGACUCUUACCUGGAGCCCGAGCCCAUCGAAGUGCUGCGUGAGACCACCUACCUGGAGCAGUCUCGCGAGGAGCUGGGGGAGGCUGGGGAGGCCUCUCAGACAGAGACAGUGUCCGAGGAGAACAAGAGCCUCAUCUGGACGUUACUGAAGCAGGUGCGUCCUGGGAUGGACCUAUCCAAGGUGGUGUUGCCUACGUUCAUCCUGGAGCCUCGCUCCUUCCUGGACAAGCUCUCCGAUUACUACUAUCACGCCAACUUCCUCUCGGAGGCUGCUGUUGAAGAAAAUGCCUACAAUCGACUGAAGAAGGUUGUGAAAUGGUACCUUUCAGGAUUUUACAAAAAGCCACAGGGACUGAAGAAACCUUACAAUCCAAUUCUUGGUGAAACAUUCAGGUGUUUGUGGAUCCAUCCCCAGACAAACAGCAAGACGUUUUACAUUUCUGAACAGGUGUCCCAUCAUCCGCCAGUGUCUGCCUUCUAUGUAAGUAAUAGAAAAGAUGGGUUUUGCCUCAGUGGUAGCAUCCUGGCCAAAUCAAAGUUUUACGGCAACUCAUUAUCUGCCAUACUGGACGGAGAAGCCAGACUGACUUUCCUGAACAGGGGGGAGGAUUAUGUGAUGAAUAUGCCUUAUGCUCAUUGCAAAGGAAUUCUUUAUGGUACAUUGACUCUGGAGCUUGGAGGGCAGAUAAACAUCAUGUGUGAGAAAACGGGAUACAGCGCUUUGCUUGAAUUCAAACUGAAGCCGUUUUUAGGCAACAACGACAGUGUUAACCAAAUAUCUGGAAAAAUCAAACUUGGCAAGGAAGUACUGGCUACUUUGGAGGGCCACUGGGACAGUGAGGUCAUUAUCCAUGAUAAGAAGACCGGAAUCUCCGACACGUUCUGGAAUCCGACUCCUGAGCUGAGGCAGAGCCGGCUGAUGAGGUGCACCGUGGUGACCGAGGAGCAAGAGGACUGGGAAUCGGAAAAAUUGUGGCAGCACGUUACCCAAGCCAUCCAUAACAAAGACCAGGUGGAAGCCACCAACGAGAAGUACAUCCUGGAGGAAGCACAGAGGAAGGCGACCCGGGAAAGGAAAGCCAAGUGCGAGGAGUGGAAAUGCAGGCUGUUUGAGCAGGACCCCAUCACUGGAGAGUGGCAGUAUAGAUAUGCAGAUACCCGACCUUGGGAUCCUCUGAAUGAUAUGGUACAGUUUGAGAAAGAGGGUUGGAUCCAGACAAAAGUCAGGCACCGCACACCUAUGGUACGUUCUGGGAGUGUAAUUAGUCUCAGUAACCAGGGGGCAAGGCGGGACAAUUGCAAAUGUCAGGUCACUGUUCCUAAAAGAAAGCACAAGCAAACUGAUAAGCCGGAAAGUGUGGAGAGUGGCGGCUCCUCCCCCGAACCUGAUCAACGUGACUCUUCAGGCAAUGAAAGACACAAAAUAAAGCACAGCUCAAGGUUAAGAAAAAAAGGUGCCGACUUCAAUGACCUUCAAAGUGCCAUUGACUCUAUUAAACACACCCAAGAGGAAAUUAACAGAAGCAUCACUGCUCUCCGAAGUCGUGCCCUGGCAGGCCAGCCUCCACCAGAGAGCAAUUUCCUGCAGCAGAGGGAUUACAUCAUCAUCUUCCUUCUCAUCUUCGUCCAGAUCUUCAUGAACUUCCUGUUCAAGUAGUCAGGCUGCUCCAAACCCGAGCUGGAGAACGAGGAGGAACAGAUGCUGAAGGAGAACCAGACAGAUUUGUGUCUGUGGCAGUGCUGCCCUUUCCACUAACAGCUCCUGAAUGAAGCCAAUAAGAAUUCUGUAAAUUAGUACAGGGAACCAAAAUGGAGGGUUAAAAAAACAAUUGGGUAGAGAUUUUAUAAUUCCUUACAAUUUAAAAAAAAAAAAUAUUAUUUAUAGGUCAUGUACAAUUUGCUGUGAAGACAGGCAAAUACAAUAAUUUAAUUUGGAUCCUUUAGUUUACUACUGACAUAUCUCUAAGAUCCUGUGUGGGGGAAAAUUAAUUAAAAGUACACCACCUGGCCACUUACAGAUUGUUGAGUAAAACAUGUAAGAAACAAAGUCAACUGGACAAACAUUUCAGCUAACGCCUUCAGUAAAGAAACACAGUGUUCUGGAUCUCACCAGAUUCCAGUGUACUAGGACUGAACAGUGCUGCAGAAAGCUGACCAAGAACCGUGAAGUCAUGUGCCUAAUGUGAUGGGGCUUGAUAAAGUGGCUUCAAUACACAGCAGAACCUCAGAGUUAGGAUGCCCACACUUACAAACUGGCCAGUCAACCCCAAACUACUUGAGAUCAGACACAUGGCUCCUGGCUGCUGUAAAAGACAUAAAGAUCAGAAAGUUAAACACAGGCCUCCUGGUUUACUUUUUUGUUGUUAUUCCUCAAAUUAAAUCUGUAGGCCUUGCACAUAUAUUAAAUCAUUGGAAAUGUAAAGUUACAGACACUUCAGACGCAUAAACAACCUCUAUUCCUGACACGGCGGUUCUACUGUAGUCUGGAAAACAAGACCAUUUACAGCAGCGCAAUAAGGAACUUGGGAGUUAAGCACAUGGUUUUUAAACCACUUGGUCAUUAGCUCUCUAGAUCUGCUUAUUUUCCCUAACAUGUAUUUUGAAUGUCAAAAUAAUCCUUUUAGGAUCAGUUUGGUAUACCGUUUCAAAACAAAAAGGAAACCAAUCUGAAAAGAGAACUUUUUGAAUCCGUUCUUAGGUAAUACUGGGUGUUUCUGUAACACAGAUAAGUAGAAAUGUAUGGAAAUGCAGGCCUGCAGGACAACAAAUUGUUUCUAAUGUAGUAGCUACUAGAAAGCACCCCUUGCAAUGUACAUAACUUAUAACUUAUAGACGCAUAACUUUAGACUCAUAAACAAAACUAAAUAGUGCAAGCUCAUAGAAAAUGCCAAAUGCCACUUGUAAGAGGGACAUGGAGCGCUGGUACAGUGAUUGUAAAUACACUGUGUUACUGUGCGUAAACUUUUUAACAAAGAAAUAUUUCUAUUGGUCCAUAAACACAUCUCUUGGAGCACUGAAUCGGUGAAGAUCACCUUGUUGCUCAUUGCUUUUGUCAUUUUGAAGUUUUCUGCAUAUCAUUUCUUGUUGCUGAAAGUGAGAAUUCAGAAUUCUGUAAUGAACUAUUGCUGAUCAGUGCCUUUAGGAUGGAUCUGACUGGGAGAGGGGUGAAUACAUUCUGUCAUGUGGUUGUGCCAUAAAAAGCCUUUGAGAAAUCUCUGAACAUGACCGUGACUGUGCGUUUCUGUUUCACUUGCAGAAUUUCUCAUCAUUUAUUCCUGCCACUGCAGCCUAAUUUUCUACGUUUUAUUAGUUUACUGUCAUUGUUAACUGAAAAGGCACCUUCAAAGAGAGGCAAUUGUCUGUUUUAUUUCCAUAAUCUAUAACAUUUUUUCGUUAUACAAUUUUCGUUUUGUAACUGUCUGUUUUCCACAUGAAUGUCGUUUAUAGAAUAUAAUUUGAAACUAUCAGUAUUUUUAUUUUUUUUUUAAAUAGAGAUUCUGUUUAACAAUGUGGAACCAGUCAAUGUGUGUAACUGUCAAGCCUGCGUAUGUCCUCACAUUACUAUUUAUUUGUAAAACACUUCUGUAAGCUUUUAUCAUCUACUGUAUCAUAUCUUAACAUAUCACCAAAAUAAAUCUUUUCAUUGGCA